GGCGGCCCCCACUGCGCGCCGUCAUGCCCUGGAACCCCAUGUACCGAUCGGUGGCGCGGCUGGACGGCAAGACGGCGGUCAUCACGGGCGCCAACUCCGGCAUCGGCAAGGAGACGGCACGCGACCUGGGCCGGCGCGGCGCGCGCCUCAUCCUGGGCGUGCGCAGCCUGGAGCGGGGCGAGGAGGCACUGCGCGAGCUGACGGUGGGCGCCGGCGGCGAGCCCCUGCUGCUCCAGCUAGACCUGGCCUCGCUUGAGUCCGUGCGCUGCUUCGCGGCCGCCGUGCGCCAGCGGGAGUCGAAGGUGCACCUGCUGAUCAACAACGCCGGCGUGAUGGCGUGCCCGCGCGCCGAGACCGCCGACGGCUUCGAGCUGCAGCUGGGCACCAACCACCUGGGCCACUUCCUGCUGACGCACCUGCUGCUGGACCAGCUGCGCGCGGCGGCGCCCGCGCGCGUCAUCAACCUCUCCUCGCUGGCGCACACCAAGGGCCAGAUGUACUUCGACGACCUCAUGCUCACCAAGGACUACGGCGACUGGAAGGCGUACUGCCAGAGCAAGCUGGCCAACGUGCUGUUCACGCGCGAGCUGGCGCGCCGGCUGGUCGGCAGCGGCGUCACCACGUACGCCGUGCACCCGGGCGUGGUGCGCACUGAGCUGUGGCGCCACCAAGGCAGCUGUAUGCGCGGCCUGAUCCGGCCGGCGCUCCGCACCCCCGAGCAGGGCGCGCAGACGACGCUGUACUGCGCGCUGGCGCCCGAGCUGGACACCGUCAGCGGCCGCUACUACGCCGACUGCAAGGAGACGACGCCGUCGCGCCGGGCGCGGAGCGACGAGGACGCCGCCCGGCUCUGGGCCGUCAGCGAGCAGCUCGUGGGCCUCUCGUCGACUGACGAGCCUGAACAGAGCCCCCAGUAGGCCACCCGCCGCCGCCGCAGUCACGUGGUGCCCUGGUCAGGCUCGACCCAGCCACCUGUUCGCCAACCCAGCCGGCUGCUUUCAACGUGCAAGCAUGCGGCCAUGUAGCCGGACCUCGGCGGACGACUUGUACACGGCGUCAGUGUGUCUGACGUGGGCUGGUUCCCGAAUCACGUGACACGUAUGUAAUCGUAAUCACGCACGUCAAUCACGAUCACAAUCGUAAUCGUAAUCAAUAUAAUCAAUGUCGUAAUCACGGUCAGCUUUAUGCCGACGGACAUCCGACCCGUCGGAUGCCUUCGUAUAUACUGAGGUUCACUUACAGGCGAUGCGUGGAUCAACUCGUGUCACCAAUUGUCCGGUGCCUGGCGUCGCGGCUUAUCACAACUAUAUCGUGUGGAUGGGUCUAAAAUACAGCGGCAGA